GAAAUAAUACACACUGUCACCGCGUGAGAGCUGAAAGUCAACUGAAGGGAAGAUCUUUGGGGGAAAAACCCGAAAUAUGUUGUUUCCUCUUUGUUCCUGUUGUCGUGAUAUAUUUUGGUUAUAGAGUUUUCUUACGCGGGAAGGUGCAGGGGUUGUAGUAAUGUUUCAGGCUGCAGUCCAGAGGUUCUCCGUGUCAGCUGCAGCUGAAUCAGUUUGCCGGACUAUUUUCUUGGUGGGGUUUAGACGUUACUGUAAGAAGACUUCAACCAAACUGAGAGUAUCUGAAGCACUUUCUGGGGCGGAGCUAGGAUCAGAUGUGAAAGUCCAGGGAUGGGUAAGGUCUGUCAGACCUCAGAAGGACAACAUCUUUCUCCAUGUGAAUGAUGGAAGCUCCUUGCAGUCUCUGCAAAUUGUUGCUGGGGCAAAACUGAAUGAUCCGUUGCUUACAUUUGGCAGUGCUGUUGAAGUCACUGGUGUUCUUAAGAAGAGUCCUCAUCAAAAGCAGCCAGUGGAACUGGAAGCAGAGCAAAUCCGUGUAGUUGGAGAAUGUAACCCUAUAGAAUUUCCAUUUAAAAUCAAGGAGAGACACAGCCUUGAAUAUAUCCGCAAGCUUCCUCAUCUCAGGUGUCGAACGAAUGCCUUCAGUUCCCUGCUGAGGAUACGAAGUGAGGCCACAGCAGCAAUUAAUUCAUACUUUAAAGAUAAUGGCUUUGUACAGAUUCACACUCCUAUCAUCACCUCAAAUGAUUGUGAAGGAGCAGGGGAGCUCUUUAGAGUAGAGCCAUCGGUUCCAGAUUAUGUGGAUGAUGAGGACUUUUUCUCUGUACCUGCCUUUUUGACUGUAUCAGGACAGCUUCAUUUGGAGGUGAUUUCAGGGGCUUUUUCCAAGGUCUACACAUUCGGGCCAAGUUUUCGAGCAGAGAACUCCCAAAGCAGACGCCACCUGGCUGAGUUUUUUAUGGUUGAGGCAGAGAUCUCCUUCACUGAAUCCUUAGAGGAUCUCACCAGGGUCAUGGAGGACAUGUUCAGGUCUGCCACCGAGCAUGUGUUGGCUCACUGUGUGGAGGACGUGGAUUUGUUUCACCGGCAUGUGACUCCUGGACACAGGGACACCGUAGAGGCCAUGCUGAACAAGAGCUUCCCUGUGAUUACUUAUACUGAGGCUAUAGAAAUUCUACACCGCCACUCUGAGAAAUUCACCUUCCCCACAGAUUGGGGCUGUGACCUUAAGACAGAGCAUGAGAAGUAUCUGGUGAAACAUUGCGGAAAUGUUCCAGUCUUUGUCACUGAUUAUCCCUAUGACCUGAAGCCUUUUUACGCAAGAGACAAUCAGGACCAUCCCAAGCACACAGCAGCUGCAGUGGACCUUCUCGUGCCAGGAGUUGGAGAGCUCUGCGGGGGCUCGCUGAGAGAGGAGAGGCUGAAUCUGCUGAUGGCUCGGCUGAAACAGGUUGGAUUGGAGGACACCUACAGCUGGUAUCUGGAUUUAAGACGUUUUGGCUCCGUCCCCCAUGGUGGCUUUGGACUGGGAUUUGAGCGAUAUUUACAGUGCAUUCUUGGAGUUGACAAUAUAAAAGAUGUGAUUCCUUUCCCAAGGUUUUCACAUUCUUGCCUCUUAUAAAAUCAUGAUUGCUUGUGUCUAAUCUGUUGGAUGUCUUCAUAUAGAUGUUUCUGCCAUUUAAUAAAAAUUCAAAUGAGAGCCACA